AUGGUGUCCCUAGGCAGAAAACGGCCAGUCUCUGGAGCUGUGAAUGAAGCUGGAGAUGAUCACCGACCUAUUCACAAACGGAAGAGGACUUCACAGAAGAGACCAAGUCCAGACCAACUGCGAAGCCUGAAUCAACGCCGCUCGCCCCUCCUGCGCCUUCCUCGCGAACUGAGAGAUCUGAUCAUCGAAGAAGCCCUCCCGUUCUGCGAGGGCCGAGAGUUCAGACUCUGGUACGGCAAAGGGACCUUACCCUCAGGACUACUUGGAACAUGCCAUCAGCUCCGCGAAGAGACCACCGAGUUAUUCUUCAAGACCAACACAAUCUGCAUCACCGGCCGCCAGAACAUCGAAGACAUGGUCGACAUGUGGAGCAAGCACCACAGGCUGAUCAAGAAAGUUCGACUCAUUCCCUGCGAGCGAUCAAGCUACGAGCGCGCCAUAGGUGUUGCCGCCUCGCACGCUAUUGACUGCGACCUCGAUCCGAAGACGGUCUGGGCGCCGUACUUUCAAGAGCCGUUGUCGCUUUCUUAUGAAGGAGCCUUCGGUACUUUUUCUGGGUUUGUGAACUACGCGGGAGAUACGGAGCCUUACGAUGCGGAGAGGUAUGCGAAGCUGUGGGAUAGUGCGCACUGGAGUCGUCAAGAUUCGAGACCUGCAGGGGAUGGAGCUCAACUGCGUCAAGCAGCUGUUGUGUCACUGCUCCUCAUUGUGGCUGCCUGGAACUUGGUCCAACAUCAGGUCCAACAAUGA